AUGUCUCCAUCGAAACAAGAAUCGCGUACCUCAAAUAUUAGGGUGGUUUCCUUUACUGAAGAGCCAGUUGUUGCUGUUGGAUCUUUUUUCAAUGGACUUUCUGUUCCUUCAUCGACUGAAUUUGAUUUAUACAAACACAAGAAACAAAACAAUUAUGUCCUUCAUGGAGAAUCAGAAACUUUAGACUACAAUGGUGAAUCACUUACCGAUGACCAAAACGAUUAUGUGGUUGGUGUCUAUGACCCUGUGCAUAAAUCUGUUGAAUUAUUUAAAUCUCCAUACCUUUCCACUAAAGUCACUGCUAAAAGGAACAGAAUAUACAAGGGACCUAAAGUAAGACAAGCCGGUGUCAGACUGAUUACCCAACGUAAUGCUUUAGGUGAAGCUUUUGGUACCAAGAAAGCCAAAGCUGCCAUUACCAAUUUGGAAAAGAACAGAAUUGAUGCUGAGAAAUUACAAGGGUUGGAAAUGGAUAUUGUUGAUAGUGUUAAAGAAUCAAGUCAAGAUUUGCCAACUAAAGAAAAAAUGGCUUCGGAUGUUGUCAAUGAUAGACCUACUCCAUUGGCAGAUGUCGAUGCCAAGAAUGUUGAAGAUGUUUACCCAUUGUAUAAUAUCAUACCAGAAAAAGAAUGGGCAUACUUGCGUGUCAGUUCAAUCUUAUCUGAAACCGACGAAAGUAAACAAUUGGAAGCUUUCCCAUAUGGUAAAUCCGAAUAUGUUAAGAAGCAUUUACCAUCUUUGGUGAAACAAGAAAAUAUCGAGAAAAUACAAUUACUUUAUUAUGCUUCUCUCUUAUUUGGUGUUUAUCAAAACAGACGUGUAAAGGAUAAACAGGCCCUUAUGACAAGAUUACAAGACAAACCUUCUGAGGUUUUGGUUGAUGGUAUUUUAGAAAAAUUUGCCAUUUCCCGUGCAUCUCAAUUUGGUAAAUCCAAAGACAGAUCAUUCACUAUUGAUCCACAUCAUGAAGAUAAGUUAUUGUGUUAUUUAUUAG